AUGGGGUCCCUCUACCGCUCCGAGGAGAUGCGGUUCUGCCAGCUGAUCGUCGAGAAGGACGCCGCCUUCUCGGCUGUAUCCGAGCUCGGCAAGCUCGGCAUCGUCCAGUUCAAGGAUCUAAACCCCGACGUAAACUCUUUCCAACGGAUGUUCGUGCGUGACAUUCGGCGCUACGAUGAGCUCGAGCGGAAAUUGAGAUACCUUGAGGGCCAAAUCAACAAGGACGGCAUUCUGAUUGGCGGCAAGUUGAACGAUGGCGAUUUCACGGUGAUGCCCACCGCUGAACUGAACCAGCUGGAGGCGACGCUGACGGACCUUGAGCGCGACGUGAAGAACAUGCACGAGUCGGACACGACGCUCAAGCGCAACUACCAGGAGCUGCACGAGUGGGAGAACGUGCUCGUCAAGGCCGACGAGUUCUUUGCCGGGGGCGUCGACGGCGCUGCUCAAGAGGAGUUCCACGUGCAGGAGGAGGGCGCCGAUUUUACGCGUGAGAAGGACCCGGUCGAGUACGUCGUUGGUGUGAUCAAACGCGAGCGUAUCCUCGCCUUCGAGCGUAUACUGUGGCGCGCCUGCCGUCACACCGCCUACGUUCGCACCUCCGAGAUUGACGAGCCGUUCGAGAACCCGGACACGGGCGAGCACGAGCUGAAGAACGUGUUCAUCAUCUUCUACAAGGGUGAUCGUCUACGGACGAUUGUUGAUAAGGUGUGCGACGGCUUCAAGGCGAAGGUGUUCAAGAACUGCCCGCACACCUCGCGCGAUCGCCAGGCAGCCGCCAGCGACGUCCGCGCCCGCAUCCAGGACAUGAAAACCGUCCUCGGCCAAACACGCGAGCACCGCUUCCGCGUCCUCCAAGCCGCCGGAAACAACUACAACCAGUGGCUGAAGCAGAUCCGCAUGCAAAAAACCGUCUACCACAACCUCAACCUGUUCACCUACGAUGGUAUCGGGCGCUUCUUCGUCGCCGAAUGCUGGGUCCCCCUCGCCGACAUUGACAACGUGCGCGAGGCGCUCGAACGAGGAGUGGAAAAGACCGGCUCCACCGUCAAGCCGGUGCUGAACGUACUCGAGACGCACGAGACUCCGCCCACCUUCAACCGCACCAACAAGUUCACCGCCGUCUUCCAGGGCAUCGUCGACUCGUAUGGAAUUGCUACGUAUUUGGAGUUGAACCCGGCCCCGUACACCAUUAUCACGUUCCCGUUCCUCUUCUCCUGCAUGUUCGGCGAUCUGGGCCACGGUAUUCUGAUGGCCCUCUGCGGGUUGUACCUCGUUCUCAAGGAGGAGAAGCUGAAGGACGUCACCGGGGAGAUCUUCACCAUGUUCUUCGGCGGUCGCUACAUCAUCCUGUUGAUGGGCAUCUUCUCUAUUCACGCCGGUUUCCUCUACAAUGACCUGUUCGCCAAGUCGUUCAACAUCUUCGGGUCCAGCUGGGUCAACCCGUACAACCAAACGGAGAUGAUGUCCUGGAUGCAGACCGAGAUCGCCACCGAAAAGGAGAUGCUCAUCGAGAUGGACCCAUACACCUCAUAUCGCCACGAGCUCGGCCCGUACCCCUUCGGUCUCGACCCAAUCUGGAAUAUUGCCGAGAACAAGCUGAACUUUAUGAACUCGAUGAAGAUGAAGCUGUCGGUGAUCAUUGGCAUCUGCCAGAUGACGUUCGGCGUCGUUCUGUCCUACCAGAACUACAAGGCCCGCAACUCGAAAAUCGAGAUCUUCACGGUGUUCAUCCCCCAGAUGUUGUUCAUGGGCUGCAUCUUCAUCUACCUGUGCCUGCAGAUCAUCAUCAAAUGGCUCUUCUUCUGGGUCGAGCCGGCCACGAUUUUCGGACAAAGAUACCCGGGCUCCAACUGCGCCCCAUCACUUUUGAUUGGCCUCAUCAACAUGUUCAUGUUCAAGGAGCGCAACGUUGGAUUUAUUAAUGGAACGGCGGUAGAUGCUGAACACCCGCAUGGUGUCUCCUAUGAUGCUUGCUAUCUGGGACAAUGGUACCCAGGCCAGAGCUUCAUCGAGGCGAUCCUCGUCCUGAUCGCGGUGGCCUGCAUCCCGGUGAUGCUCUUCGGCAAGCCGAUCCACUUCAUCAUGGAGCGUAAGAAGGCUAGACGGGAGGCCGGCCAGCGCAUCGAAGUUGCCCGGCACGGUGCCCCGGAUACGAGCGUACACGCGAAUGUGCUGAGCGGUGAGGAUGGGGAGAUUGCCAUCAAUGGUAUCGAGCAGAAGGGAGAGCACGUCGGAAGUGCGGGAGGAGCCGAACAUCACGAUGAGGAAUUCGGUGACGUCAUGGUCCAUCAAGCCAUCCACACAAUCGAGUACGUCCUUGGAUGCGUCUCCCAUACAGCUUCAUACCUCCGUCUCUGGGCCCUCUCCCUAGCUCAUGCCCAGCUGUCCGAGGUGUUGUGGCACAUGGUGCUCACCAUGUCGUUUGAAUUCGAAUUCCCAUGGGCCGUCCGUUGUAUCGUGCUGUACGUCAUCUUCUUCAUCUUUGCCGGACUGACCUUCUCGAUCUUGGUGUUGAUGGAGGGAUUGUCGGCUUUCCUCCAUGCUCUGCGUCUCCACUGGGUGGAGUUCCAGUCGAAGUUCUACGCGGGUCUCGGCUAUCCCUUCCAGCCCUAUUCAUUCAAGAGUGCCCUCACACUCGCCGAAUCGACC